AUGGAGGCGUUAAAUCAGAAAGAACAGGCAACACUACAAGGCAUUAUGGAAGUUAAACAGAUGAAAGAUUUUAUGAAAAUGUAUUCUAAUUUGGUUCAAAAAUGUUUCUCAGAUUGUGUUAAUGAGUUUAUAAGCAAAUCCCUUAGUUCUAAGGAGGAAACGUGUGUCAUUCGAUGUGCUAAUAAAUUCCUUAAACAUAGUGAAAGAGUCGGACAAAGGUAA